AGUACCUAGACCCUUAAAACCAGAACAGAAUUCUCAGUGAGAAGAUUAGGAUAGUUUCUCAUAAAAUAUUGAAUUUGAUACUCAACAUGUGGAAGCUCCGUUUGACACUGCUUAUGCUUCUAGGAUUCAUAGAAAUCAGUAUAGCUUGUUGGGAAAUAAGGGUCUGUGAAAGGAGGCUAAAAAGAAUAUUUCCCCUUCAGGACUUACCGACUGAAGAGGAUCUAACAAGAUUGUGCCCAGACGUACUGGAUUCUAUCAAGUGCAUACAGGAAAAGACAGAACGAUGUAAAAGAAAAAGCUAUUACAUCCCUGCAGAAAUAAAUGUAGCUGGAUUCAUCAGCUUUCAAUUUAAUACAACAUUCUUCCAAGAGAUAUGUAGUAAAGAAAGUGAACUACGAAAAGAUUACAUUCAGAAUCUUCCCUGUGCCAGGAACUAUUUCCGUAUGGAUCUGCGAGUAUGCGAAAAUUUAGGAAAAGCUGUAAAUGAAUGGUAUAACGUUGUGUACCAGAAUGAAUUGGCUGGCAUACGCUCCGCGGAAUAUCGUGAAAACGAAACCUGCUUGAUUUCAGCUGUCACUGCAAGCUGCGUAAGAUAUAACUUUGGGAAGAUGUGUGGCACAUAUGCUAUACAGGCUUUUGAUCAAAUUGUGUACAAACUCACAGAUGGGCGACUUUUUAUUUGUGUUCGGAAUAAACGUCUGGAAAUGGAGGUGAUGGACAGAGGACGUUAAUAAACAGAGGAGGAAGGAUUCAAUUUAUACCUUUUUUAUGUUGCUUUAUCUUACAUGUAAACUUCAAGACGUCCCACAAACCAAGGUGCCUAAGUAAAAGGAAAGCCUAUAUCGAUGCUGUACUUACUCUAAUUAAUAAAAUGUGGUUUAACGCUA